AAAUGGCGAACACUGGGGAAUCCGACGAACAUCCAGGAAUGCUGAUUUUUCAAGAUGUCUUUAGAAGGACAGACAAAAAUGAUGUUGGUGCCGUCAGUUGGGAGAACUUCGUGUCUUUUUUUGCUGAUGGCGUCAUGUCUGAGAGUGAACUCAAGAGCCUGUUCAAUGAAAUAGACACCCACAAUACCAACAACAUUGAUUGUGGAGAGCUGUGUUCUUACUUCUCCAAACAUUUGGGACCUUUCAAAGAAAUCUAUGCGAAAGUAGGAGAGCUGAAUACCGUGGUGAACGACGCGCUGGUGAAAACCUCUCAGGAGUACCCAAAAAGCCCUCGCAUGGACAAAUUUGUGACCAGAUUUCUUCUGCGGGAAAUGAUGAACCAGUUUAUCUCCCUGCAGCGACCUCUGGAGGCUGCCCUGGAAGCUCUCGACGAACAAGCCAAGCAGGAGAGACCUGACAUUCGGCCAAUAGAGCUGGACACCACCCAGAAGAAAAGUCCAUCUGGUGUGAUCCCAGGCCAUGUGGUGAGGCGAGCUAAGCGACAGAUCAGUUCCCAGAGUAAUGCCUCUGAUGCAGGUUCUGUGUCUUUAUCAGCUCAAGUGGACAGACUGGCAGCCCUCUUGGACAGAUUAGAGAACAGGGUGAACUUUGAUGGGAUAACUGAUGAAGAUAUAAACCUGGAAGUGGAUGAUGUGGUGGUACUAGUACAGAGAACUCUGCCUGUGAAGUCUGGCAGCGAGGAGGAGUAUAAGAGAGAACUGAAGGAGUACAUUCAGACUUCAGAACGAGGAGAUGGCUGUCUACAUGUGAAUGUGAGGUCCUACAAGGAGAAUGGCAAGAUGGUGAUCUAUGAAAUCUGGGAGUCAAACAAACAGCUCAAGAGAUUUGAGGAUGGACCUGCUUCUAAAAGCCUAGCAGAUCUGAAUGCCACCCACUUAAGCUCACCUCUGGAAAUCCAAACCAUGACUAUACCAGCCCAGUGGUGGAGGAAGGAGAAUUAAUAGACACCCAAUGCUCACAGCUUGUGUCAUCUACAACAGUAGAGCUCCCUGCCCCUUAAUAAGGACAAACAGCAAAGAUUUGCUGGUAGAUACCUCUAAUACUCAGUCAUUGGUCCCAUGUGGCCCCACCAGUCACCUUAACGUAAUCCCAAAACACAGAUACAUGUAUCCUUAGAGAAGCUGAGAGGCUACAGGUUUGCUUCAACAGCUUUAGUUAGACAGGCCUUCUUCCAAAAUUUUAUGUUGGGCGUAACUUGCCUACAAAACACAAAUAUUUUUGUUUGGUUGGGAAAUGGUUUUUAAUUCUUGUUUAAUGUGGCUUAUGAAAAAGAUAGUAUUUGAAAGAAACUGCUAUUGUGAAAGUAAAUAAAUGAAAUUCUAUCAAGGCCAAAUAAAAAGUGUAAAUAAGUAGUGUGUUGCGUAGCUCUCUUUUCUGAGGGUCUGUUGGGCUACACCCAGCACACAUAUUUGUUUAUGCUGGCCUGAACAGAUGACAUUACAACAUUCUCAUAGUAUCCUUGUCUUGGCUCAAGUCAGUAGAAGUACAGAUUCCAGCAUUUUAUUUGAACUGGUCACUGUGAAGUUCUCUGUAGCAGUCUGUGAUUAAUAUAUAGGCCAGGUAGAUACAGCACAGGUAGUUGUGGUUAUUCUCAGGUAAUGUACAAGUAUUCCCCUGUGCUGUUUAAAGCCAUUCUCAAGAACUGUUUCACGCUGUGUGACUAGUCUGGUUAACCACAAGUAAACCACAACCCUUUGGCAGACACCUGAGCAACCUCCUGAUAUAAAGCCAGAGUGAAAGCAAAGGGAUUGAUCCCUGUGACCUGAUUGGUUGGGGGCCAGUCAGCUACAAGAACAAUGCUUUAAGCCAAAAAAGUCAGCAAGGGUUUUCUUUGCAUUGUGUUAGUAAGUCAGUCAGGUCAGAUGUUCGCUCAAGACAGACUUGUGUUUUGAGGUUUAUUAGCAUGGACUUUUUGCCAUUGGUUGUUAGUAUGGCAUGGUUUCUUUUAAAGUAUCAUUUAAAGAAACAUUUACAAAUUUAUAACUACACAAGUAUUUGCUAUGCAGUUCUUGUUUUACAUGCGUAAUAGAUUUGUAAAAAUUAUGAAUUUGGUACUGGUUGAAUUUAGAGGUACUAUGUAAGUUUUCACAGCUCUCUACAAAAGCGUGAUGGAUGGAAACGGCCAGAGGGGAUUGACUGAACAUACAUUUACAUUUCUUGUCUCUGAAUGUUUAUUGUCUUGAACGGCAUUUUGAAUGGCAUUUUGAACUCUUGAUUUUGUUGAAUAUCUUCUAUUAUUAUACAUGUUCCACAUUUGUCUAUCUUUUAACGUUGUGACCAUCGUGCCACAUGUUUGUCGUGUUGCACGGCGACAUUAACAACAUUUAUAUUGCAAGUUGCCAUUAGCAACGUGACGUUACAUCAUUCAUUGACACUGCGUCUUUUCUCCCCGCACAAAUUCUUGUGUCAUUCAUAAAAAUAAUACUACGAGUCUCGGUGUCUUUUAUUUGAGUGUCAAAUUUUCAUUUUCGGCAACUAAAUUUUGCUACCUAGUGAAAUGACUGAUGUUUGAUGUAUAAUAAAUGGGUUAUUCAGUGAAUACGGGCUGAUGUGGAUGAGUUCUAUUGUU